AGAAUGGAAAAAAAAAUACAAUUGGUACUAGGCAUAGCAGGCAAUGUCACUUCUGUGCUACUUUAUUCAGCUCCAAUAUUAACUUUUAAAAGGGUCACGAGGAAGCGAAGCACUGAGGAAUUUUCCGGUGUCCCUUACUUUAUUACUCUUUUGGGAGCUCUAUUGUACCUGUGGUACGGGUUGCCUGUUGUGAGCUACAAGUGGGAAAAUAUCACAGUAAUCACUAUUUGUGGUGUUGGAGUAAUUUUAGAGUCCGCUUAUGUUCUUAUUUAUAUUUGGUUUGCUUCUUCAAGGAGAAAGGCAAGCUCCCCUCCAACACUCCCAUUUAACUUAAUUUUCUUCAUUUCUCUGUGUACAUUUAAGCAUUGA